GUGUACCUUUUCACAUAGCAAUAAAACAGAUUGUGGUUUUUAUGGAGUGAGUGGUGUUAUAUCUGUCAAUCUUAUGUGUUUAAAUACGUAAAUGUGUGAAAUUCAGGAUUUUGCUGUUGAGCAUAAGGAUAUUUAUAUAAAGAAAUAUUCGGGGUGCUCAGAAAUGGACUUAUACAUCACCGACUCACUCCAGGAUAUGCUGGACAUGGACAUCAAGAACGAGAUGGCUACAGAUUUAAGCAGUAUAACGGAUUUUCCGGAUUCCCUGGGAUUAAAUUUUUCCGAACUCCCUCCCCUAUUAGAUAUGGAUACAGACAAUUCUUCGAUAUGGCUCAACAACUCGUCUAAUAGUUUUGUUCACAAUUUAGACCUGUACGGUUCCGAAGCAAACGCCGUAAUGGUGAAUCCUAACUCUGUAAUGCCGUCCACAUUCGCUGAAACUCCGGUAAAGAAUAUUGUUAAGGAAGAGGCUUCAAAUUUAUUACUAACUUCAGCAGCCAGCAGUGAUUCAAAUAGCAACACGUCGGCACCCAGCCCUAAAGAGGAGAAGAGCCAUCUUACCUUCUCACCGAACACGAUCAAGGUACCUAAGGUGGAACCAGAGGAGCCCGUUGUCAAGAAAUCCCUUGAAGAAGCCACACAAAUGGUCAUCUAUGUGCGAAAACAGGACAAGCAUGUAGUGAAGGAUUUAUUUAAGGACUUGGACACUAGCAAACUGAAGGCCAACACCACACCAACGCACACUCAAACCGUCAGGAUAAAGGCAGCCCAGGAACUAAUAAAAGUCAAUAAUAAAAACUGUUCAAUUCUGAACACGAGCCAAAAAGUAACGCAACAAUUAGGAACUAAAACCAUUAUUUCCGGCAAUAUUCAUAUAUUAGACGCACAGCAAUCUAGGACAAUUUUAGCAAAUAGUAACAAGAGUCAAGCGACAAUACUAAUUGACAACUCUUCGUUGAAUAAUAAUAGGCAAAUAAUUAAGACUUCAGUUAACGGAGCGUUCACAGUGGACGCGAGCCAAGCGAAGUUUGUAAACACGACAACCAAGCUCACUGCCGGGGCGGGGGAGUUCCCUAAGCCCGCGUAUUCUUACUCUUGUCUGAUCGCGAUGGCGCUCAAAAACUCAAGGACCGGUAGUUUACCCGUGUCAGAGAUUUACAACUUCAUGUGUCAACAUUUCCCUUAUUUCAAAACGGCGCCAAAUGGCUGGAAAAAUUCAGUACGUCACAAUCUUAGUUUAAAUAAAUGUUUUGAGAAAAUUGAAAAGCCGUCGACGAAUGGCAGUCAAAGAAAAGGUUGCUUAUGGGCGAUGAAUCCGUCGAAAGUGGGGAAAAUGGACGAGGAAGUUCAAAAGUGGUCACGGAAAGAUCCUCAGGCCAUUAAAAAGGCGAUGGUUUAUCCAGAAAGCUUAGAAGCGCUAGAACGGGGCGAGAUGAAGUACAGCGGAGCGGCGGGAGACGCAGAAGAUGACGACGCAGACGUAGACCCCGACGCCGAGCUCGACGCGGACGUCGAGAUCGACCCCGAGAUCAAGACUGAGGUCGACGAGGAGGAGAUCAUCGAGCAGGAGGUGUCAGACCAGGAGCUGGAGGUGGAAGAGGUGUCGGGCACGGGCAUGGUGGGCGGCACGUACCGCCUGCUGGCCGCGUCCGGCGCGCUGCACGAGUACCUCGAGCCCGACGACGACGAGAGCGACAUCGAGGUGUUAGAUCAAUCCUAUGAAGAAAUCGAUAUCGACGUAACAAAACCCAUGAAGUUGGACCUAUCAGUCACAGAAAAUUAUACAAUUCAUUCCGCGAAGAGGGCGAAGACGAGCUUCAUCUACCAGCCGGUGACGACGCAGGCGCACACAAGCCGACGGAAAACGCCGCUCGUCAACCGGGUCGCGCUCAUCUAGAGCUCCACACG